GGGAGGAUGCCCGGGCCAUGUUUGGGAUGGAGGGAUGGAUGGAGUGAUGGGUGGAGGAGGUGGAGGGUUGAUAAACUCAGUCGCAGCAGUGAAGCUCUCACUUCUGUCCUGCCCCCCCCCUCACGUCCCAGCAGGCCCUUCACUGCCACGUGUGACUCGGUGUCGUAGUGUUGUUGCUCGCCCACAGCGCCCCCUGCAGUCAUGUGCGAUGAAGAGGAGAGCACCGCUCUGGUCUGUGAUAAUGGAUCCGGUCUGUGUAAGGCCGGGUUCGCCGGAGACGACGCCCCCAGAGCCGUUUUCCCUUCCAUCGUGGGCCGGCCCAGGCACCAGGGAGUGAUGGUGGGUAUGGGGCAGAAGGACAGUUACGUUGGAGACGAGGCUCAGAGUAAAAGAGGAAUCCUGACCCUGAAAUACCCCAUCGAACACGGAAUCAUCACCAACUGGGACGACAUGGAGAAGAUCUGGCACCACUCGUUCUACAACGAGCUGCGAGUGGCUCCAGAGGAACAUCCCACCCUGCUGACUGAAGCUCCUCUCAACCCCAAAGCCAACAGGGAGAAGAUGACACAGAUCAUGUUUGAGACCUUUAAUGUUCCUGCCAUGUACGUGGCCAUCCAGGCUGUCCUGUCACUGUACGCCUCAGGACGCACCACAGGUAUCGUCCUGGACUCUGGUGAUGGUGUCACCCACAACGUUCCGAUCUACGAGGGUUACGCUCUGCCUCACGCCAUCAUGAGGUUGGACCUGGCGGGUCGCGACCUCACAGACUACCUCAUGAAGAUCCUGACGGAGCGCGGCUACAGCUUCGUAACCACGGCGGAGAGAGAGAUCGUGCGAGACAUCAAGGAGAAGUUGUGUUACGUUGCUCUGGACUUUGAGAACGAGAUGGGGACGGCGGCCACUUCGUCCUCUCUGGAGAAGAGCUACGAGCUUCCUGACGGCCAGGUCAUCACCAUUGGCAACGAGAGGUUCCGCUGCCCCGAGACGCUCUUCCAGCCCUCCUUCAUCGGUAUGGAGUCGGCUGGGAUCCAUGAGACGACCUACAACAGCAUCAUGAAGUGUGAUAUCGACAUCCGUAAAGACCUGUAUGCCAACAACGUGCUGUCUGGAGGAACCACCAUGUACCCGGGUAUCGCAGACCGGAUGCAGAAGGAGAUCACGGCUCUGGCCCCCAGCACCAUGAAGAUCAAGAUCAUCGCCCCCCCAGAGAGGAAGUACUCUGUGUGGAUCGGUGGCUCCAUCCUGGCCUCCCUCUCCACCUUCCAGCAGAUGUGGAUCAGCAAGCAGGAGUAUGACGAGGCCGGACCCUCCAUCGUCCACCGCAAGUGCUUCUAGAAAGAUCCAUCUGGGUCUCCAUCUUCCUCCAGCCCCCCCAACCUGUUUUCUAGUUUCUUCCCAGCACAACCUUAUUUUAGCCCUCACUGAGCACGAGCUAACAGGUCCCAGAUCAGCUCCACAAAAACGUCCAAACAGGGAUGACAGCAGCAGGAAAUCAAUUAUGUUUUUUUUUGGUAUUUAAUAAGAUGGUAAAUAUUUUAUUCUGACAGCUGGUGAAAAGGAAGUGAUGCCGUCUUUUGUAACGUGACAUGUUUUUGGUUUUCCAUCAGAAAAUCAGCUCAAACAUCCUCCCUCUCUGCUUGCCUUAAAACUGUGAACAUGGCACUUGUCCUCCAUCUUUGCCCCCACCUCCCCUCUCUCUUAGAUGUGGCCCCGCCCCCUCAGCCCUCCAUGUUGAUACUGUUUCUUGUCAAAAAGCGUGUUUUUAUUUUUGAUGACUAAAGCUUGACUGUUGCCCGCUGGUGUUAUCUUCCAUCACUGGGGAGUGGAGCACAUUCACAAGUCUUAUGAUGAUGUCACACAAUGUAUGAUGAUGUCACAGAUUAACAGGAGGCGUGGCCUCAUGGUGCUGUCUGCUUUAGAAACACGUAAUGAAGUGGAAAACGGUGUGUGAUGUGAUGUGAUGCGACGUCAACAACAUGGAAGUGACAGACGAUUGCCCCAGGAAGACAAUAAAGAGCUCUCAUACAAGA